UCUGCUGCCAUUGAUCGCGACUCGCUCUCUCAGUCAUCGUUUUUCGCUCGACUUUAACGGUUCUCGUGGGGAUUUAAUUCCAGCCUGCACACACAAAUAAAACAAGCUACAAGACGCGGAGUGCCAAACGACUAAACUAUUACUCUCACUAGUUAAUUGCACAGUUACCACAGUUAGUUUUCACCCAGUUAAGAGAGAUAGAAAGAGACCACCCGCGCAGUUCGCAAAAAUUUUUACACUAGCGACUAAAGGAGGAUCAGCAGGAAAAAAUGGGAAAAGCUCAGAGCAAGCGUUCAAUCGACAUCACCACCGAUCCCAAGAAGGUCGGAGAGGGCGAUGAGGUCGCCGGCAAGGUGGAGAAAAUCGAUGUGGACCAGAAGACGGACGCGCCGGCUGUGAACGGAGACGCUGCCACGCCCAAAGAGGGUGGUGAUGAAGCGGCGGCGGUAGAGAAAAAGGAAACUGAGGAGCAUUCUGAGAACGACAAAGAUCUGACCACCGAAAAGAGUGCCGGAGUCGCUGAGGGUGGCGAUGCGGUCGCUGAAACGCCCAAGAGCGAGGAGGGUUCUCCCAAGGAGGCUGCUGCUGGUGAGGAUAUCACCCCGCUGGCAGAUGAAAGCAUUAAGUCCAAGUCCAAGAAGGACAAGGUCAAGAAGAAGUGGUCCUUCCGAAGCAUCUCCUUCGGCAAGAAGGACAAACAGAAACCGGCCAAGUCGGAGGAGGCUACGUCGCCCACCUCUGGCACAACGUCGCCCACGACGGCCGAGGCAGAGGCUGCUCCAGCUGGGGAUGCAGCUCCCGCAGAACCAUCGGUGGCUACAAAUGGCGAGGCUGAAAAGCCAGCUGAGACUCCCACUGCAACCAGCGAGCCGGCGUCCAAGGAUGAGAAGCCCGCCGAAAAUGGAUCAGCGACCGAGCAGGAGAAACAAGCCAACGGAGAAGCCGAAAAGGCGGCGCCAGCACCUUCCACAGUUGAGGAAGCGGCGAAGCCCAAGCCCGCCGAGGAACCAGCCACAGUCACUGCCACCGAGUCGAACACCACUGCCACCGAAGAAGUUCCCGUGAAAGAGAGCCAGCCAGAGCCCGAAGUGGUGACCAAUGGACAUGGAGCCGGAGAGGCGCUGACCAACGGAUCAAGCAAUGGACUGGCCGAGUCCCCAGUGACCGAGACAGCACCUGUCGCUGACAACAUUCCGAGCAACGUUGAUGACGAGCAGCCACACCAGAAUGGCACCAAUGGCACCACCACGCCUCCGCCCACUCCCGUGGCCACGGAGAUCGAGAAGGGACAGCAAAUUGAGGUAAACAACCACACAAGAACAGACAGCACCACACAACACAACAGCAAAAACUUCACUGUAAAUACAAGUACAACAACAACAAAAACAAAAACAACCGAAAUCACAGAGAACACUGCACUAAAAACAAUAAGUACAGAUACAGAAAGAACUUGCACAAGCACUGUGACCGAGACCGUUGUAGCAGCCGCAGAGUUAGUUCAGACCCAAACAAUCCUAACCAAAACAACAAACACGAUCCUUCCCACCUCCCACACGCAGGCCAGCAGUGAAGUGAUUGAAACAGUGACCCCCAGCCAAGCGGAAGAGGAAGUUGUGGCAGCGAUCAUCAAGGCGGUUAGCAGCGAACUUGAAGCCGAAACGGAGACUGAGGCGGAGGCCGAGGGAUUCGUGGUUGUUGCUCCUGUGUCCACCGAAGUCGAAGUCCCCGUUUCCAUUUCCCCCAUUGAACCCGUGGCUGAGGUUUCCCAAGUUAAAAUUGAACCUCUUGUCGAUAUUCCCGAAGUUGAAGCCAAGUCCGUACCAGAAGUUUCUGAAGUGAAAACGGAAGUUUCCGAAUUAGAAUCCGAGUCCGUCAUUGUGGAGACGAGAAGCAGGAGUCCGCCACCUCCAUUGCCCAAAUCCCCGCCUCCGUCUCGUGUCUCCGCAUUUGUGCUGUCCGAGGAUGUUAUCGAGGAGCAGCAGGUUACCCCUAACGUUCCCGAAGUAAACGACGUGAAGACCGAUGAGAUCAAACAGCAGGCAAUCAGCAUAGUGGCUGAAAUCACCGAACAGGCAGCGGAAAUUGUCACCGAACAAGAGAAACAAGUGGAGGAGGCCAAGGUGGAUUCUGUUCCUGAAACAAUUGAGGAAACCAGCUCCACUGUUGUGGUUGAGGAAGUUUUGCCAGUUCAAAACGAUGAAGUAACGGCUCCUUCUCCUAUUCCUGAUGAAGUCCAGAAACCUAUUGAGGAUCAAGAUACACCCGACGAAAAAGAGUCCUACCCAGUUCCAGAUCCCAUUGAUCCGGCGGCCGUAAGCGAUGAGGUUGCUGUUACAGAAUCUGUAGAUUUCGAAGUUGAGAAAGAAACCGUUAGCAUCAGCUCCAACGUUGCUGAAUCUUCUUCAGUGUGCGACGAGCAGGCGGUAAUCGAAAAUCAGGAUGAAAUCCUCCAAGAACAGCCAGCAGCUGUUGAGGAAACCACCGAACAAGAGACAUCAGACCAGCAAGUUAUUUCCGAGGAGGCGCAUAGCGAUAACGAUAAGGAGAAUGAAAUCGACCUGGUUGGAAACAUCAUUAGCGAUCUGGAUGCUCCGAUUACCAAAGCAGGUGGCGAUCUGCUGGUAGAGUUGGAUGUGAGACCCGCGGAACAGGAGGGCGAGAGCAACAACAAGGUGGAUCUCGCCAAGGAUCUGAAGGAGAAGAAUGCCGCCGCGGCAGACGUUACAACACAGGAACAACUGCCCGUUACAUGCGAAUAAUCCUACUCAUAAUUAUUAUAUAUAAUAUUACAUAUUAUUAAAAACAAAACAACAAACGAUACAAGCAACAACAAAAGAACGCAACGUAAAACAACAAACAAUUACAAGAUAAACGAGAUAAAAACAAAACAAAACAAAAAACAAGUAAAAAUACAUUUUUAAACAUUUACAUAUUUUAAAUAAUUUUUGUACGAACUUCAUAUCCCUAAUCCAAGAUAUACGCAAGCAAAAGUCCGAGUUACACGCGACACCACCAUCCACGCCACCAAUGCAACCACUGCAAGCAACCACCACCACACCCCACUCAAACACCACCCACGCGCAGGCAUCAAUUGUUUUUUAUUGAUGCCUCUCAAUUCCAGAUCGGGUUAAGUCCCCAAAAACACAUCCAUCACCCAUCAAGCACACACAUCCACCACACAUGCGCAUACAUACCAUUCUCAUAUUGAUGAUCUUGAUAGUGAAAGAAUCAACAAAUCAUAUACGAUGAAAUGAUGAAAGUGAGGAGAAUUUUUUGAAUAAUUUCUACUAUACAUUUAACUGUAAGUUCGAAGAAAUUUGUAAAGAAUUUUUGGACGAAAUAUUGGAUAAAAUAUAUAUUAUAAAAUAUAAAA